AUGUUUCGAAGCGCUUUCAUCAAUCCCGAUUUCCUGGCAGCACAGGAAGCCUGUCGCUCUCUCGAUGCCUCAACAAUUAUCGAACUGAAGAUCUUCACCAUAAUCCAACUUUUUCUCUUCUUUUUAUUGCUUGUGAUCAUUAUCAAGCAACGCCGAGUAUUCCAUCCAUUCUUCACAAUAUUUUUGGGUAUAAUGAUCAUCUCGUAUAUCACGAUCGGAAUCUUGGCUCUCAUUCAAGUAUCCGCUGAUUAUCUUGAGAUAAAAGCUCAGAACUACUCUCGAUUUCUAUUUUUGGUGAUAAACUUUAUCUAUUAUUUUGCAAUUCCCGUGAAUGUUAUGUGCACUUUGGAGCGACUAUUUGCCACUUUUUACUUCAGAGAUUAUGAAGGGAGAAGACCGUGGUUCUUCCUCGUUUCAGCUUUUACACUUGGGGGUCUCUUCUCGAUCGGUGUCAUCGCCAAUAUGGGAGAUGGUUCAACCCCAACAUUCUUCUCGACUCCCGUGCAAAAUAUACUCUAUCUCAGCUCGGCCAUUUCACUCAUUAUCUCAUUCUUUGUGGUUAUUCUGAACAUUCACUUGAUGAGGAAAAACUCGGGUGAUCGACAUUCAACACUCACAUCAAGAUAUCAGUUAACAGAAAAUAUUAAAGCAGUUCGAAUCGUUCUCCCUUUCAUCUUCAUCGACAAUUUGAUCACCCUCACCGAUCUACUCACAGCCAAAUACUUGAAUGUCUCAUCAUUUUACAACUCUUCGAUGUGUUUGGCUUCUUAUGAUCGCUACGUUAUUGUGUUCACCGGGAUUGCCACAAUCCGUCAUUUGCUUGUCCUCGCAAUGCCACUCUCGAUUCUUCUCUUCAAUUCAACAAUUUAUCGCCCAAUCAUCGAUUUGAUGAAACACUUUUUCCACCUACGCCGACCGAAACGAAUUGCCAACAAAAAUGAAUUCAAAAAUGUUUUGGGGAAAACGAUAACUUUCGGUCAAUCACAGGAUGAAUAUUUUGCACAAUUAGCGAAAAGUUGG